AAGCAUGGGUGACCGGAUAAAACCGCUGAAAUUUCUAAGAGACGAUUACCUUUCACUAGAAAUGGAUGUAGGAAAAGAAAUGGUGGACGUUCUUCCAAAACUGCCGGCCCGAAAGGAGGAUAUCUUUCUUACGUCAUAUCCAAGAUCAGGUUCGUUUACAAGUGACAGGGGUCUUUUCUCUAAAAUGUGAAACUCACUAUAAAUCAAUACAUGAUUUGUUUUGAUGUCUUCAGUCAACUGGGCCGGGGACAUUAUUAUGUUGUUGGUUUGUACUUAUUUGGUUCCUCUUCGUCACUAUGACUAUUCAGGGUAUUCCGAGUAGUUUUGCCGGCACAUUCAUACGGCAACGAUAGUAACAACGAAGGGCACGAUAAUGAUGUUGCAAAAAGGCUACGUUUGGGUUAAGUUGAGAUAGGAGCAGAAAGAAAUUGUGAAAGUAAUUCUAGUUUGAUUUGGGAUGGAAUAAGCCGUGAGAAAUACUUGGAUCACGGUUGACCCGACCCCAUUUCUCAAAGUUUUGCUUCUCCUUCGCCAUUUCGUUUUAUCCCUUAUGUCCAUAAGACAGUUUUUUUUUACAAGAUUGCAGAGUAACAAGAACGACGAUGAUACAAGCAACGCUAAAAAUAAAUGAAAGUAGCAACCAGAAAAAUUGUAAGGAGAGGAAUACAUGGCCGUUGCGCAGGCCAACCUUCUCGCAUGGUGUAGGUUGAGCUCGCUGUAAAUUAUCAGUUAUGUUUACAGGGCUAUUUUUAUCAGUACUUUUGAAUUAAGUUGAAUGAUUCCCCACAAACGAUUAAGCACUGACUCUCCAAGGCGCGGAAAAAUAAACUUUUUGCUUAUUAUUAGCUUCUCAUUAAUAGCAAUGAUUUAUUUUUAUGUAAUGCCUCAUUCGUUUAACAAAGAUUGAAAUAACGUCUCGGCUGCGAUCCACACGAUCCACUGCGAUCUCUUUGCAAAUUGUAGAAUUGUACAUUUUCUGGAACUUUGCGGGUUUCUUUUGUCAUUUUUCACAGGCUCCACUUGGACUGGGGAAAUUGUAUGGCAGAUUCUUCAUGAUGGUAAAAUAGACGAGCGACGAUUGGAUGAACGAAUACCUUUUGUGGAAGGGAUUAUUCUGCCUUUUAGAUCUUAUCCCUAUACUGUAACAGACCCCGAGUCCGCCAAGAAAAUGUUUACCAGCUUCUCUGAGCCUCGCGUAUUCAAAACUCAUCUUCCUUAUUGCUUCGUCCCUAAGGGCUCUGAUGAAGCUAACAAACCUCGAUACAUAUAUGUUGUGCGCAAUCCCAAAGAUGUGCUUGUGUCUAUUUAUCAUCAUCACCGCAACAUGCCUUAUUUAGUGGAAAUUCCUUCCUGGGACGAGGCGUUCAAACGUUUUAUCACAGGAGACUGUAAGUAACAUUCCCUUAGCCAUUCUUCAUGAACAAGGGCUUUAAGUCAUUAAGACAUAUAAUAGGUAUAUUGGUUCUACAACUCAGUGAACAUCCUUUGAUAAUAAAUUUCAGAAGAGGCAAACAUAUGACUAGUUCACUAACACGGCUUCCCGGUUGAAGUCCUAAAUGUAAUAACUGUCCUAAAUGUAAUAAAGUCCUAAAUGUAAUAAAGUCCUAAAUGUAAUAAGCCUCCAAUGUAAUGGUUUAACUCCUUCAGCGCAUUGUUGUUAUGGCGGACAUCCACAUUGAGAUGUUAAAGUGACGACUGUCGCACUAAAAAAAACCGCUGACCAGUAUUCAUGUCACAUUACGGGCUCGCUGAUAUCAAUCAGCGUCUUUUUACUUGCUAGACAUAAGAAAUAUCAGCAGUCGAAGUAUGGUCCUUUAAGCGGUUUAGAAAAUCAUUUCCAGCCCAAAGUGGGCUAGUGCUUGGCUGGAAGCUCAAUAGGAUGGAAUCGAUUAGUGCGUAAUCACUAGGACUUUUUGGAGAGGAAAUUGACUACAAUUGAUGUUGAACUAGCAUGCUAUUGUUAAUGUUAUCGUUCGUGUUAAAGUCUUUAGUAGUCAUGCACCAUUUUAGAGCAGUUUUAAUGAUUUCGUUGUGUCACAUUUUAAUCCAAAAGAAAAGCAUUAUUAUCAGUAGUGUUACUGAAAUUUUGCACAUCAAUAUUAUUCAUUGUCAAUUGAUUUUAAUGAAGUAUUUUGAGUUCAUUUUUAAGAAUGACUAUCUUGAUUUAUUCAAUUUUGAACCUGAGAUAUUGCAUUUGUAGCCCUCUAUGGCUUUACUGCACCUCAGUAAUCAGUUCAUGUACCAUAUGACUAUAAGUGGAAACUGUUGAGCUUUCUUUUUUCAUUCAUUUAUUUAUCUAUUCAUUUUCUAUCCUCACGGCGGGGAGAAGAGAUGAAGACAAAAAGUGAAAUAUAAACUUGAGAUCAUCUGUAAAAUAUAUGUUUUUUCAGUAUUUCGGUUCGGGAACUGAUGAACCAGUCAUUAAGGGGCUUAAGGAAAAAAAUGAACGAUUCAUUAGACCAUCAACUGACCAUCGUGUGUUGAAUGUUGUAGCUCAAUGGUUCAAUUUGACUUUUGCGUGGAAAAAAGGCAACAUGUCGAGACCUGUGAUCGUGAAAUGGGAUAAUAUAUGAUUUGUCAGUCGAUAUCUUGCUCUGUAAGUCACUUUAUCAUGAUAUAGCUAGCAGCAGGUAAGAUGAAGUGAAUCCUGUGUUCUGAUUGGCUACCUGAGCGGGCAUGAUGGGCCCACCCUCGCCCGCUCGGGAUUCCCCGUAUUGAUCCCAUGCAAGAAAACUUACAAAGUUCGUAACUUUUGGAAAAUGUCGGCAUAUACAUAGAAAAAAAUAAACGACCCUCUUGGGUUUAUUGUGCUGCAAACACAGUUGGCUUUCUCUAUCGGCUCUCGAAAUAAACAAGCCAUUCUUGAUUCUUAUCAAAGCGAAAUCUUUUGCUAUACAAUGAAUCUUUUGCUAUACAGUGAAUCCUUUAAUGACCAAGCCAAGAGAAUACAAACUCUCUUGACCAAGCUUGUUCGGUCAAGAUGACUGGAUAUUAGCCUUGUUCUUUUUUAACUUUUUAUGGACCGAGACGAAGUCUCGGUCCAUAAAGACGCAAAAAAAAAAAAAAAAAAAAAAAAAAAAAAAGGAACUCGGCCAAUAUCCAGCCAUUUUGACCUCAUGCUUGGUCAAUAACGCAUAUGAAUACAUUUUGUUCAGACCCAUACAAAUCUGGCAAGGGAAGACAGUACAAAAAAUGCUCUUCCGAGCCCGGAAUUUGUCUAACGUAUAAGUCGGUGGACUUUCUUUUCCUUGUAAUUCAGUUCAUGAAUUGUUAACUUCAGCACUGAUCACACAAGUAUAUCGUCAAAACCUGUUACACUUAAGAGUCUGAGCCAAUGAUAUAAAGAGAGCUAUUGAUCAGCGUUCUCAUUCCUUUGCGUCCGUCAAUUUGAUGCCAAAAGCACAUCAGUAUAAGGUUUUGUAGCCAAUGCUUCUCAACAUACGUCUUUAGCAAAUAAAAAGACGCUGAUUAAUAUCAGCGAGCCCGCAAUAUGCCAUGAAUAUUGGUCAGAGGAUUCUUUAGUGCAACAGCUGUCACUUUAGCAUCUCAAUGUUAGCGCAGUCAAACGGCUGCAUAGGAGGCUUAUUACAUUUAGGACCGAACGUUAUUACAUUUAGGGCUUAAUGUUAUUACAUUUAGGACUUUAUAACAUUUAGGACAGUUAUCACAUUAGGACUUCAACACCCGUAAGACGGCGGUAGAGAAAAAAACACAACAAGACUGCCAAGGCUGACACGUUUGAGAGCCGCCAUCUUUGAUUUGUACGAAGUAGAGAGGCAAUUACUCAAAACAAAGAUAAACAUUUUACUGGAAACCAGUAAGAAUUCGGAGUUAAAUCGUAACUGACAUUAAGUGACGGAUAAUGGAAGUGAAACAACUGGUGCGACCUCAAAAACUAAUUGAGAGUCCGUCGCGAGUUUUCAAGACAAAAAACCCGAGGAUAAGUUAAACAAGGAAAACAGUCAAAUAAACAAACAAUGAGAUCCCGAUUAUGUCUGACUGUCUGAUCGUCGAUUGGAAAAGGCACCCAUACCAUCAACGAAACAUAACAUAUCACAGUGAACUCGCAGGUUUAGAGUCUACCAAACUAUAAACUUAAUAUAAAUCAAGCUCUGGGAAUGUAAUAUUUCUGAGGUCUGCUUGGACGAAGGAAAUAUAAACAGCAAAAUUGUACGUUUUAAUGAAAGGCUUUUUCUUGCCUACUUUGCAGUUACGUUUGGUUUGCACUUUGAUCACGUGUUAGGCUGGUGGGAACAAAGGGACGACCCUAACAUUUUGAUUCUUACUUAUGAGGACAGAAUAAAGGUAAGAAAUCAUAGUCAACCGUUUAUGGAUCCUAAAGCUCUUGUAAAUGUAUAAUAUAACCCUCUAUUUCGCUUAAGGAUUAAGGUUUUUUAGUAUUUAAUUCGCCAGGGCGUUAAUCAGGCUAAUCUUUGUGCAUGACUUGCGGAUGUAAAAAAUAAAUAGAUACCAGAAAGAGAACUCGCGUAACCAAGUGUUUUCAAUAUUUUCGACAAUUUAAAACAGUUUAAGUCUUUAACAAUUAACAUGGAUUUGCAUGUAUGCAUGAUAAGAUUUUGUUUGUCGCCAUGCAGCUUUUCCUCUUACGGUUCUUUAAUAUGUGAGCAACUAAACCAUUUUGUAAAGAAACGUCGCUGAACUCCAUCAAGGCUACAAUGUUUCAGUUAAACCGCUAAAACUAAACCCACCAAAAUCAAAGUGACACUACGCGCUCGUCGUAAACACUAGAAAACUGUCGCACUCAGGAUGUGUUAAGACCGACUGUACCUGUUUCAAGGGAAAGUUCCAGCGAGUUUCAAUACCCAAAUAAAUGCAAAGAUAGCUACGUAUAACGUUAUUUUGACCAAUCACAUUGGAGAUCCAGUAAUUGGAGCAAACCACAGAAAAACCUGAACUUAUUAGCGUCAUUCUGCGAGAUUCGCAAUAAUAGUUAGUUAUAAAAUGUUAUUCUUUAAGGAUCCAGGAGAUGCUGUUGACAAGAUAGCAAACUUCCUUCGUAAAAAGAUCUCCCCUGAAACACGUGACCUUAUUGUCAGACAAACGUCCUUUGACGCCAUGAAGAGCUCCAGUCACACCAACUUUACUUGGUUUGAAGGAAUCAAGGGGGAUGGCUAUAUAAGAAAGGGUCAAGUAGGAGGAUGGAAAGAUUACUUCACUGAAGAACAGAAUGAGUUGUUUGAUAAGGUUUUCAGUGAAAGAGUUGGAGAUGGUGAGACUGCAGCUAAAUUAAGAGAACUGCUGUCACUGUAGUAGCCCCGAAAUGAAACAGAAAUUCAAAUUGAAAUAACAGACGCGCUUUGUUUAAUGAUUAUGUUUGUACGCAAUGAGCACCCAUUAGGAAUUUAACCCAAAUGUUGAUGAUAAAGUUAGCAGUAUGGGUUGGGAUUAUUAGAGAAGAUUUUAAAAAUGCAUGGACCUUCUAGGCUGAGGAAAUUUUUUGUUUUUAUAUCAAAUUUAAUUUUAGUAAUAACACGCAGAUUGCAUAAUGUUGAGCCUGUUUAGAAGUUUUGCCUGUUUAAGACUCAAACUCCCAACACCGUACCAUGCUUGGCCCUGUGAGAGAUUAUUCAGCGUUAAUUGAUUUCCGGUUGAUUUUUUGCGAUAAGUGACAGAUGAUUGAACAAUAGGAUCAUAUUAUAUAUUUAAAAUGAGAGAGACCAGAGCGUGGGACAGAGAACGGUGAGAGAGAGAGAGGGAGGUUAAGUUGAUUUUAUAAAAUAAAACGUGAAGUUUCGGAACAUAGCAGAUUCUUUAGUCUCAUUUCCGACACAGUGGCACCUCCGACGGGACGCGCGAAGCAUGGAGGAACUAACCAAAGAAGCAGAGGCUAAAUUGCAGAUGUUGCUGUACACUAAUGGAAAAACACGUGGCAUUGUGGAAAAGGGAAACAUAGGAGCGGUCGCGCGACAUCGCGGCAACCUACAAGCAUUAGUAAAAGAAGUAGACGCGCUUAAACUAAAGGUUGAACAGACCAUGUUCAAGGCCGGGAAAAGUGCAGAAGACGUUGGAAGUUGGAGCAGUAGCAUUGAAGAACCGAUCGCCGAAGCUGACGAAGAAGUUUCGCGACUAGAAAAAUGGCUCGUGGAGACGAAUGGAGAGAUCGAACAUCGAAAGCACAAGGACGAAGAAGAAAGGAAAGCCCGUGCUCGUGAAGAGAAGCUUAAAUUCGAAAGAGAGCAAAUGGAGAUGAAGCUAGAAUUCGAACGCCAACUGGAUGAGACCAAGGCAAAACAGCAACCUGUUGAGAAGGCCAAUCAGAUUGAACAAAGGACAACAAAGCUACCGAAACUACAGAUCACAAAGUUUAAUGGGACGUAUGAAGCAUGGCUGCCGUUCUGGAAUAAAUUUCAGCUGAAAUUGAUAAAGCAAACCUUGCAUCUGUGACCAAGUUUGCAUACCUAAAAGAGCUGGUAGAUCCAAAGGUUCGAGCGGAGAUAGACGGACUGCCUUUCACAACAGAGGGCUACGAAAGGGCAAAGAAUAUCCUCAUCGGCGAAUAUGGGAAAACGAGCGAGAUCGUGAAUGCGUACGUCCAGAACAUCGCGAAUUUGCCUGUCAUUACGGGAACACAACCUGCGCCUAUCCACGAAUUUUACAAAAAGCUCGUGUACAAUGUGCAAUCUUUGGAGACACUGGGCAAAUUGAAAGACGUCACUGGAAAUGCAAGGAGUGUGCUCGACAAACUAAAGAGUGUAAAAGCAGAUCUAGUGAGAGGACAAAUGGACUGGCAGGACUGGGACUUCCCACAGUUGAUAAAAGCUUUGAAAAGUUGGAAGGAAAUCAACCCCAUUGGGAGCGGCGCGGAUAAUGCGGGGAAGCAAGGUGCUAAAUUCCGCGAUCGCGAGAAAACAUUUCACGCAAACGAAACUACGCCAACACAAAGAGGGUGCGUCUACUGUGACGCAACUGACCACAGAGCUGUAAAUUGCGACAAGUUUGUGACAGUUGGAGACCGCAGGAAGCAAUUAGGACUGAAACAGCUUUGUUUUAAUUGCACAGGAAGUCGACACCGUGCUUCUGUGUGCAAAUGCCGUUCUGGCUGCCAGAUCUGCAGUCGAAGACAUCAUACAUCGAUCUGUGACAAACAUACAUCGCGAGACCAGCUGAUGACCACAACGAGCGCAGAAAGGAAAGGAGUGGUAUAUCCUAUGGUUACAGUUGACGUGAACGGUGUUAAAUGCCGAGCAUUGUUGGAUACAGGAGCCGGAAGUUCCUACGCUUCAUCAACGCUUCUGAACUGUUUACAUUUGCGCCCUAUCCGUCAACAAUUCAAGCGCAUUGAAAUGAUGUUUGGUACUUCAAACAAAGCGAUAGACAUCUAUGGCCUACAAAUUCGAAGCGUUGAUGGUAAAUUCACCUUGGAAGCUGAAGUAAACAAAGUCGACCGCAAUGAGCUGUUGACAUUGGAAAACCCAAAAUGCGCAGAAAUCGUAGCUCAGUUUUCUCGUUUGAAGGGCGUAACCACAAAUGAUAACGACGAGAAAGCGAUGUUGCCUGUUCAUCUGAUCCUUGGAACAAACGAGUACGCUAAGAUCAAAACAGGGGAAAGACCAAGAGUUGGGCGCUCGGGAGAACCAGUAGCAGAAUACACGAAGUUCGGCUGGACGAUCUUGUCACCUGGAACAGAGUUGGAUCUCAGCAACAUGUUGUUAACGCAGACCUCCGCAAUUGAUUACGAAGAAUUGUGCAAGUUAGACGUCUUGGGGUUAAAGGACAAUCCAAGUGGAGACCAGGAAACCGUUUACGAAGAAUUCAAAGAGCAACUAACUAGGAGUUCAGAAGGCUGGUACGAGACGAACUUGCCCUGGAAAGGAAAUCACCCCCCCCCCCCUACCGAACAAUCACACUGGAAGUUUAAAACAUCUCAAAAAUCUCGUGCGGAAGUUAGAGAUACAAGGCGAGCUGGAGAGGUACAACGACAUUAUCCAGACUCAACUGAGUCAAGGGAUCGUAGAACACGCUGACGAGGUGGUCAAGGACGGAAAAGAGUUCUACAUUCCUCAUAAAGCGGUCGUGCGCAAGAAUGCAGAAUCUACAAAGAUACGCAUUGUUUAUGAUGCUUCUGCAAGAGCUAAUGCAAGUGUCCCCUCACUCAACGAGUGCCUCGAAAUCGGCCCUCCACUACAGAACCAGCUUUGAAACGUGCUGGUACGAAAUAGGUUCUAUCCCGUGGCAAUAGCUGGCGACUUAAAACAAGCAUUUUUGCAAAUUCGCGUCCGAAGAGAAGACCGAGAUGCCUUACGCUUUCAUUGGAUAAAGGAUCUGGCAAGCAAACAAGUAGAAACCUUGCGAUUCACUCGAGUACUCUUUGGUUUGGCACCGUCUCCAUUCCUCUUGGCCGCAGUUAUCAAAGAACAUCUACAGCGAUACAAAAUGGUGAACCCGGAAUUAGUAGAGGAGAUAGAGCGCAGUAUGUACGUGGAUGAUUUAAUCAGUGGUGGGGAGACAACAGAACAAGCGUUAGAAAUCAAGAUGACAGCCACGACCAUCUUUGGUGAGGCGACUUUCAAGCUGCACAAGUGGCAUUCCAACGACCGGGAGCUAGAAGUUGAAACUGCGACUGUAGAUGAGGAAAGUCAGAGCUACGCCAAACAACAACUGGGAACCAGAAAGGGCGAAUCAAAACUGCUAGGAGUCCCCUGGGACAAAGAAAAGGACGAAAUUCAAGUCAGCUUCCCGAUUUCAACCGCUGAGCCGACAAAAAGAGGUAUUCUUGGAAAAGUCGCAAAAAUCUACGAUCCACUCGGUCUGGCUUCACCCGUGACCCUCUCUGGAAAAAUGCUCUACAGAGAUGCCUGCGACACGAAGAUCGCGUGGGAUAGGCCCUUACCAAGUGACUUACAAGCCAAAUGGAAGAAAUGGGAGCAAGGACUUCCAGAGCACGUGAACGCGCCACGAAAUGUCGUCAAGCAUUUAGGGAAGAUAUUAUCAAUCGACUUACACACAUUCGGGGACGCAAGCGGGAAAGGAGUUGCAGCCGCGGUUUAUGCAGUGGUGGAGCAACCAUCAGGCACGAAUCGAGGCCUCGUGACGGCAAAGUCGCGGCUCGCGAUGAAAGGACUCGCGAUUCCCCGAUUAGAACUAGUGGCUGGACAUAUGGCUGCGAACCUAGUACAAAAUGUGAAAGAAGUCCUGAAGGGUUUUCCCGUAAGAAGUGUCUAUGGUUGGCUGGAUAGCACAGUCGCACUGCAUUGGAUCCGUGGUAAUGGCGAAUACAAACAGUUCGUGGGAAAUCGAGUGAGGAAGAUCCAGGAAAAAGAAAUAAACUGGAGGCAUGUACCAACAGAGGAGAAUCCUGCGGACGUGGGGAGUCGGGGAGGAGAUGUUAGUAGAUUGACAGCUCUUUGGUGGCAGGGACCAAGCUGGUUAGCAAAACCGCAGGACUGGCCGCCAGACCUUGUAACGACAUCUACUCAAGAAUCAAAAGCGGAAGAAGUGAAACAAACUCGCGAGUUGUUUGCUCUAGCAGUAGAGAAAACAGAGAACAACGACGCCUUCGAUGCGCUGCUGGAGAAGUACGAGCUGUGGCGUGUGUUGCGAGUGGGUGCUUGGAUCUGGAGAUUCCUCCACAACAUAAGAACCGUCCGUAAACAGAGAAUCGUUGGUCCCCUUACAACUGAAGAAAUAUAGAAACAGACAACGUUCUGGAUCAAGCGAUCUCAACAACAAGCAAAGUCGAGCCAGAAAUUUGAAGAAGACCGUUUACAGUUGAAUGUGCAAGGAAACCAAGAGGGAAUAUUAGAGUGUAGGGGAAGAAUUCAAGGCCAUUACCCCAUCUUUCUGCCAGACUCUUUGCCCUUCACUCGCAAGUUAGUUCACCGAUCACAUGUCGACACACUGCACGGAGGAGUGGCCCUUACCAUGACCAAAGUGCGAGAGCUAUACUGGGGCACUCGUAAAACAAGUUCUCAGAGCAUGUUCAGGCUGCAAGCGUUUUCAGGCCAUGGCACUGGCAACGCCGCCUCCCGGACUCCUACCCACUGACCGCACAGAGGGGAGCACCCCAUUUGAGGUUAUCGGAGUCGAUUUUGCAGGGCCCAUCAAGUACCGUAUCAGAGCCAAAACAGAAGGAAAGGCCUAUCUUGCAUUGUACGCGUGCAGUCUUACCCGAGGAUUAUUCCUGGAAGUACUACCAAACCUGGCAACCAGUGAAUUCCUAAGAAGUCUAAAACGGCUCAUCGCGCGCCGUGGGCGUCCGAAGAAGAUAUAUUCCGACAGUGGCAAAACCUUUGUUGGCGCCGAGAAGUGGCUCAAACAAGUUAUGCGUGACGAGAAGACACAAGAUUACUUAGCACAUGAGAACAUCAAGUGGCAAUUCAACCUCAGCCGCGCCGCUUGGUGGGGAGGACAGUUCGAGCGCCUCAUCGCACUGGUAAAAAACAGCUUUAAACAAGACUAUCGGAUGCGGAAUGUUGACCUGGACAGAGCUGUGUGAAGUGAUACUGGAUGUGGAGAUUGCUUUGAAUAAUCGCCCUUUAUGUUACGUCGAAGACGACAUACAGUUAUCCGUGCUUACCCCUAACUCACUGCUAUUUCUUCGAUCAAACCAGCUACCAGAACUGGAACCACACCAUCUAAGAGAAUUUGAUCUGCGUAGAAGAGCUAAAUAUUUGCGAAGGUGCAAGCAGGCUUUGUGGACCAGGUGGACUACCGAAUAUUUACGAGGGUUGAGAGAACGACACCGGAUGAAACACAAGGGUCAAACCACGCCCUUGGCCAAAGGAGAGGUAGUCAUCAUCAAGGACGAGGAACGAAAUCGCAAUAAAUGGAAAAUUGGAAUCGUAGAAGAUCUGAUUUCGGGACGAGACGGAAUCGUUAGAGCUGCCAAACUUCGAGCGGGGAAAGGAACACUUGAACGGGCGGUACAACACCUUUACCCACUGGAGCUGUCCUGCGAUCGGGAGAAUGUACAGGCUCCUCUACAGCUCAACCCCGUAGCCCCGACAUUCAGGCCCAGGAGGGAUGCAGCGGUAGCCGCUCGUUAUCGCAUUCAAGAUGCGAACAUUGAUGCUGAUUAGAGAUAUUUAGGAACACUGAACUGAUAUACUGGACUAAUUUUCUGUUUCGUUCAUUGAAUUUCAAAUUUCAUCGAGUGCGCCAUUCUAGCGUUUUUUCUCCGUUGAAAAAACAGCUUGGCCCUGUGAGAGAUUAUUCAGCGUUAAUUGAUUUCCGGUUGAUUUUUUGCGAUAAGUGACAGAUGAUUGAACAAUAGGAUCAAAUUAUAUAUUUAAAAUGAGAGAGACCAGAGCGUGGGACAGAGAACGGUGAGAGAGAGAGAGGGAGGUUAAGUUGAUUUUAUAAAAUAAAACGUGAAGUUUCGGAACAUAGCAGAUUCUUUAGUCUCAUUUCCGACAGCCCCACAUUCCCUUCCGGUCUAUCGAUUCUAAAUCCAGCCAACCCACUAGUGCAACAGCAACAGAGUACGACGACGACAGGUGACAACAAAGGUGUAUUGAUUUCAGUAUAAUAAAUGAGAAAUACAUGGGCAUUGGUAAAAGUAGUUUUUGUUUCAUAGUAUUUGGGGCUUCACCUGAAACGUUCUCACAUAUACAAACAAACGAACAAAAGAUAAAAGAAAUAAAAUGAAAGCGUAAUGAUUAGAAAAAAAAUUCACUCAAUGAUGAUGAAAUACAUUGGAUUCUUAUUGGGUGUAUCCCACUUGACAAUGCAUCGCUGAUUGGGUUAAUUAAUUGCUGUCGCAUUUGAGAGACUUAGUCCUCAGAGAAAGGCUUUUUUUUCUCACAACGACCGUUUCUGAGAAACCAGAGUUAUACCGCACGUAUAUGGGUUCAAGACUGAUGAACUGAUAAGUGAAAACUGAUGCUAAUAUUUGUAUCUGAUGUUAUAGUUACGUACUAGGUCCGGAGGAAUGCGACACGGCUUUGUUCGAAAAGAUCAAGUAGGAAGAUAUAAACAUAACUUUGUCGGAAAACAGAACAGUUUUUUUGAUAAGGUGUAGGUUAAUCAAGUUCAUUUACAAAUAAAAAUUUGCCACCAACAUGGAUGUAUGCGUGGAAUUUCAUUAAAGCGGAGGUGCUUGUGAGUUUCAAUUUUCUUCCAAUCGAGGGAUAACUUAUCUUGUUUCAACUUUGAUGGUAGGGAAGAGAGUAAAGUGUGGGAAAGAGGAGCCCAGUUCACUUGCAAAAUUCUUGAGGAAGGCUGGUGCAAUAACACUAGUACAGAUUAUUUAGAAAAGUAAAUUAUUAACUGAC